GUCGGUAAGGUAUUGUAUCAAGACCUUUUCAGGAAGCAUAUUAUUUACCUUCAUGUUUGUUUAUUUUGGAUAUAAUUUUAACAUAAACAAUCAAUGAGGCAUAAAGAAAAAAGGAAAAUUGCAAAAAAAUUGAGAAGAAAAAGGAUUCGUCAAAAAAAUGCCAAGGAAAGAGAACGGCUACAGGAAAUAGAAGAAGCGCAAAAAUUAAACGAUCCAAAAUAUCACCUAUGGUUAAAUGAACAAAUUAGAAUAGAAAAAAUUCAGCAAGAACAAGAAGAUUUUCAGCGCCAGCUUGGUGAGAAGCGAUGGCUCGAACGCGAAAGAUUGGCUCAAAUUCAGUUCCAGUACGAAAAAGAUAGAAAAAUACAAAUUGAAGCAGCUGAAAAGCUUCAACAAGAAAUCAGAAAAAAGGAAAUUGAGGAGCUAAAGAAACGUGAAAAAGAAAAACAAGAGGAAAAUGCCAAAUUGCAAAAGCAAAUAUUGCGUAAGCAUCAAUAUUUCAUAAAAAAGCUGACCGACUUUGUGCAGGGUAUCGGAGAUUUACCAAAAGAACUUACAGAAAAUAAAGAGUCAAACCCAGGCAAAGAAUUAUGUCUGUUUUUUACUAAAACAGCAGUUUGUCGACACAACCAUCUCUGCACAAAAAAUCAUGUUAGACCUGGGGUUAGUCGAGUUAUAUUGUUAAGAAAUUUUUUUCAACAUAUAUCAUUAAAUGAAGCUAAAAAUAACGAAUAUGGAGACGAUAUUUUAUUGGAAUUCACAGAAAAUGAACUCAAUAAAGAUUACGCUGAAUUCUUUGAAGAUAUAACCAAUGAAUUAGAAAAAUUUGGUACAAUACUAAACAUUCGAACAGCAAAAAACUGCGUACCUCAUUUAAAGGGCAAUGUUUAUGUGGAAUAUGUCAACGAAAAAUCGGCCAUGAAAGCUUACUUAAAUUUACAAGGACGUUUUUAUGCGAGUAAACAAAUUAAUGUGGAGUUUUGUUCAAUAAUAUCCUGGAAGAGUGCAAUUUGUGGUCUAUCUUUUUCGAAAAGUUGCUUAAAAGGAAAGUUAUGCAAUUAUAUUCAUAUACUUAAAAAUCCAGAAGAUAAAUAUAACAAACCUUUAAAUUAUGGUGAUAUAUCGCAAAUCGAAAAUAGAGUUGACAAACGAUCAUCGGCAGAUACGAGUUGGAACGACGUUGAUGUUACCAGUGACAAACGAAAUUGGCGAUGGAGUGAAUCACCUGACAAAGAAUUUCUUCAAAACAUUGAAAUACCAGCCAAAGCAACUGCGAAAAUUGUUUCCAAUAAGUCACAUAAAGUAAAUUCAAGUGUAGUCCGUGUUUUGAAAACUACCAAUAUUAAAAAAAAAAAGUCAAGUCGACAAAGAUCAAAGAAAAAAAAAUCACUUUCUGAAUCAAGCUUAGAAUCUAAAAAACAUAAAAAAAGAAAACACAAAAAAAAUAAGGAUAAAUCAAGAAACAAAAUUCCUUGAAAAUAUAAAAUUUACAAUAAUUCUUCCGUUUUUUUUUUGUUUUGAAUUGAAAAUUCUCUUGUAAGUGUUAAAAGCACCGAGUGACAUAAAUACAUACUUUGUAUUUUUGAUAUUUUUGUUAUCAAUUUAAAAACCUAAAAAAACCUACGAAAAGCUUUGUGUUGUAUACUAGACGUUUUUUCUUACGGACAAAUAUAAGCACCAAGUUGAAGUAAUAUGAA